UUCACAAACUUCCAGGCGACUGGAGUUUCAAGUCGCAUUUUUCUCCCCUCUUUCCAAUUUCUCUCAUAUUUUUUUUCUAACAAAGAGAUAAUUUUAACAUUUCACAUAUGAUCGUUUCAACGAUCUCGGAGAAGGUGGAUAAGUCGGACGUUGAAUCCAUCUCGUCCGAAACUAUCAAAGAUGAGUCUGGCUUGAGUUUGUCGCGAGCUUACUCCGUCACUUCGGAACCACCUGCAUACAAGAAACAAACGGCUUCAUCGGUCCGUAUUGCUCGACUCAUUGCCAUCACUGUGGUGGCUGUAGCGCUCAUCUUGGGCACGGCUAUCGUUCUUGCCGCUUACUUGCAAAUGAGACACAAUGGUGUUGCCCUUCAUUCCGCGGCCCCAGCCAGCUCGACCGAGACGAACAAGGCGGCCACAGCAAGUUUGCCUUCGGCAUUAACAGGCGAUGCUCCCACUGCUGGGGCCGGCGAACCCGCUUCAUCCGAGUCAUCAUCUGAGGUGCCCGACGAUGAAAAGGACCACCGGCGCCUGGACACGGACGGCGACUUGUUGGAGGAAUUUCUGGAGAAUGAGGGCAAGAUCCUCCGGUUGCCCACCGGCAGCGAUCUGGAUAUCGACAUUGACGAAUUGACCAAAAUGUUCAUGAAACGGAAUCCGCUGGACAAAAGCAAAUGCGUUGUUGAGCGACGACCUCUCGAUGGUGCAGAAGAUUACGUUAAGGUUCUGCCAAUCACGGCUAAAAAUGCCACGGCCGUUCCUCUAAUGCCAAUCAUCUCCGGCGAACGCAUUUCCAUCAUCUGCUCGAGCGAUGAGGAUAGCAUCACAGAGCUGGACGAGGAAGAUGAUUCAGGACUCAUCCAUUCUAGACCCAUUUUCAUGCCGUUUGACAUGCAUCCUCCUAUGAGGAUGAAUCCGUUCAGUAUGAUGGGAGGCAUGCCAAUGAAUUCCAUGUCUGCCAUUGGACCGAUCCCUUUGAUGAUGAACCCUAAUCAGAUGAUGCCCCCAAGAUCCAUGAGACCACCAAUAUCAUUAAAUCUCACUCCUCCUUUUGAUUUGAACAAUGCCCUGCUGGAACAGCGCCUUUUAAAUCCUCUUAACGUUCCUCCACCACCACCACCACAAAUGCGAUCUCCCUUCCAAGCCUUCCCAGCUGGACGGCCCUUCCGUUUUCCCGAAGCUAACCUACGCCAAAUGAGACCAUUCGGCCCAGUUUCAACUCCUCCGCCACCCCAGUUUCAACCGUUUCAACAACGUCCAUUUGACGGACACGCAAUGGCUGAAAAGCGUUUUAACCUUCCGUCCGACCUCAUUCCGGACAAUAGUCAGGAGAAAUCUCAUGUUCCAGAACAUCGCGGCAUGAACUCUGAUCCAAUCCGACCUCCUCUGGUCACUGCUCGCCCUGUUCCGCUCUUCCGUGAACGCCAGCGCGCGCCAGACUUUCAAGGCCUACCGGAAAGUCUGCUCAGCCUAUUAGAAGAUUUGCCUGGUAUCCUGGGCGCGGAAGAGCCUCAACCUAUUCAAAGACUCUCCAUCCGACCUGAACAGCCAAAUAUGCCCGUCUUCCGCGUUCCUAAAUUCUUGUUAGACACUCCCCGGCCGAAAGUAGCUGAAGGAGUGAGCACCACUGAGAUGCCUUCAGGCCCAGUCCAAUUGCCCAAUCGUCCAGUUACUCUUCCUUUCUUGCAAGUUCCUCCAUUGCCGGCUGCUCUAGUCGGUAAAGAACGUUCCGCUCCUAUCCCAGUCAACAUUCCUUUCUUGAACGUACGCAAUGCUGUGCCUCCUGUGCCCAGCCAAAUGGCCGCGCCGGAUCGCCGCCAGGGUCGCGCUUCGUUUUUCGAACGUCUCAUGGACUCCAUUCUCUCGCCAGUUAACAACCGUCAUUCGUCUAAAAAUGAGAAAUCUGUCGAAUCCGUGUCUGCGGAUAGCCGCCCAGCUCAACCCGUUCGCAUUGGAGGUCGAGGAUUACGUACUAUGCCUGAAAACGGACCUGCCCUAGACCGUGGGAUAAUCAUAGCCCGUCCUGUUACACCCGAGGAUGAGCCUAUCGCACCCGAACAGGAUCGUCGUGCUAGAGCACACUUUAUCCAGCCACGUUCGCUGAAAGUCAACUGAAACGGUGAUUGAAGGAAACACAAGAGAAGAAAGAAAAGCUGCCAGCUUGUGCAGCACUUGUUAUUUUGGGUGACGAAGACAUCCGUCCACGCGUAUUUUUUUACGAAUUAGAUUUUUAAGAUGACCAUAAAAAUAUCGUAUUUUUUUAAGAAGACAAAAUUAUCUUUUUUGCUUUCUGACUUUCUGUUUUGCCACCAGCAAUUCUUCUUCUUUGACUUCCACCUUACACUAUAUUAUUGGUUAUCACCUUUAACCAUGUACAAAGUGCGUGCGUUCUUGAUCGGAAAACAAACAAUUAAAUUGCGAAACAACACAACAAAA